AAAGAAUUUGGGUUAAAGAGCUGCAGUACGAGCUCUGAUUCCUCGGUUAAUGGAGGUGGCUGCAGAGAGUGCUUUAUCUGGGCCUGGGAUUUGGACGGCAUUAGUAUAAUCUUUCCUUCUGUGACCAACAGGUCUGCUCAUCAUCAUCAUCUAUCCAAUACAUCCCUGCUUCAUCCUACAGAUGACAAUAAAUAAUGUCGCAUCUGGGUCGCAGCUCGCUUCGGAUAUCUGUCAGUGAAGAGUCGCAGCGUCAGUGUGGAGGAAUAACACGUUUUACUGACUCACAUUUUGAUUUAAAGGUUUUCCUGCAGAGGAGAGGAGGCGCAAACUUUUUCUUUUUUAAGUCAGGUGGAUCAUUUGAUCGUAAUUAAUCUUCCUCUCUUAUUUAUAUUUGUGAUACAUUUAUAUUUCUGUCUUUAGCUGUUGAUUUGUAGCUCUUAUUCCAACAUUAUCACCUCUCUCGUCCAGAUCAAACCAACACAACACUCUAAAAACAAACCACUUAUUGACUCUCAGUUAGAAAUAUGUAAAUCUAAAUAAAGGUGCAGAUUAACACCCUCCGCCCUCGAUCAAUCAAAUCUGCCCAGACCUCCUAAUGCUCCGCUCCGUGGCCCAGUUCAGCGUCAAUCUCUUAAAGCUCCCCUCAUAACCCCCUCCCACAACCACAGCGCAGCGUGGUGAAUAAUUGACGAGCUCCCCCCUCCUCCCCUCCGCUCUCCUCUCUGUGUCUCUUUCCAUCACUCUGUCUCUUUGUGGCGUCGCUCGUCGUCGGGUUCUCCGGGCCGUAACAACCUGCCCUCCCUCGCCUCCGUCAUGUCCAGUUUCCACCUGCCGCCGGCUGCACGUUGACGACCGUCAGCAGGCUCAAAGAGACGGGGAGACACGGGAGCAGCUGCUGGAGCUUCAGAGCCAUGAAGGACUUCCUGUUCCUCCUCCUGGUGGUGACGGAGGCGUCCUCCAGGUCUCACAGCAGCUGGUGUGACCUGGGCUGCGACUGUCGAGGAGAUCUGAGGUUCACCAUCUGCUCCCGGGCGCUCAUCCCCCAGCUGCCCGCCAGAGUGCCCCCCAACACCGAGCUCCUGGACCUCUCCGACAACCACAUCUCCGUCAUCCCCGAACGCUCCCUCAGCAAAAACCGCAAGAUCCGAGUCCUCCUGCUGCAGAACAACAACAUCAGCGUGGUGGAGGACGGCGGCUUCUCUCAGCUGGAGUUCCUGCAGAAGCUUGACCUGAGCUGGAACCAGAUCUCCACCCUGACUGAAGGGUUCUCCAUCGGCCUGGCGUUCCUGCGGGAGCUGCAGCUCGCCCACAACCGCCUGACGAGCCUGGACAGCCGCAGCUUCCUGCACCUGGACGGCCUCCAGAGGUUAAACCUGACCAGCAACAGCAUCCACACCAUCCAGAUCAGGUCGUUCUCCUCCAUGAGCAGCCUGCGGCAGCUCCACCUGGAGGGCAACCAGCUGACGUCCCUGCGGAGCGGCAUCUUCUCCAUGCUGCGCUCCCUGGAGGUCCUCAACCUGGGCGGGAACCAGAUCAGCGAGACGGAGCCGGGCGUCUUCAAGCCGCUCGUCAGCAUGACGCUACUCAACUUAGCCAACAACCACAUGUCCACGGUGCAGUUCAAGACAUUCCUGAGCAUCCACACCUACAGCACCCACAUCCUGCUGGAGGACAACCCGUGGAACUGCGAUUGCGACCUGCAGAGAGUCUUCAGGAAGCUGCGGAGCAUCCAGAGGCUCUUCCUGGACGACUACUACAACCUCACCUGCAAGGAGCCCGCCGUCCUCGAGGACUACAGGCUGAUGGACGUGGACACGGAGCUGUGCCUCGCCGAGACGGUCACCGUGCUCAUCAUCACCGCCACCGUGGUGAUAACGGUGCUGGCGGCCAUGCUGAUGGGCGAGAGGAAGAGGAAGAAGAAGAAGAGGGGAAGCACUGGACGCAGCAGGGGGAGCUGUCGGAUGAGUCGGACUACUGAAACACAACUUCUGAACCAUGUCGCUAUUUUAUUUUAUUUUUUUAACUCUUUAUUUUCCAGCAAAGAAAGACGAUUAAAAUAAAACAUUCUGACUUUCAGGCUUCACUGUCGUCGUCGUCACUUAAAUCCCUCAGGAACAUCUGCGCGCCUGCAGAGAUUUGAGACUCUGUGGUUCAUUUUGUCGGAUUUCCCAUCUGCUUCGCACCGAACGAGCCUGAAAAAGCUUUUAAACCGACACUGUGGAGGGAAUUACUCUAAAACAUCUGCUUCAUUCAAUAAAAAAAACUCUACUUUCCUUGAAAUGCAGUAAAUUUAACCAGUAUAUUAAUGAAAAAUGUUUAUUUUCUCAUCUUAAAUGUUCAGAUAUAUUUAUGUGAAUGAAUACUGUUCCCUUUUUAAAGCUUGGAAAACAUUAAAUUGAAUGUUGAAACAUUUUUGUGACUGAAACUUUGUGUUUAAAAUGAACAUUUGCCCACACAGGACUUCACAUCAUCUGCUUCAGGGUCACAUAGAAGUCUGCAGCGCCCUCUGCAGUUGCUGUAAUAUCCUCAUCUGUGCUGCUCAGUGACACACUGGAGACCUUUAGGCGGAGCCGCUCUGAUGCAGCAAAGUCACAGGAUUCAGCACGGAGGGGACAGGAAGUUGGCAAAAUAAAAGCAUGAUGUAUGUCGAGGGAAAACAAAGAAUAUUAACGCACACAAGGAGUUUGCACAAACAAUACCUGGACAAUAAACAUACAAAAUAAAGGUGAAAUAGUCAUUUGUUAUUUUUAUUUUAUUCAUUAUUUAAGCUAUCAAAUGCAUUCAAUUACACGGUUCCUUAAAAAGUCUUAAAAGACAGAAUUUAUUAAUCCAAAAAUAAGGCCUUAAUUGGUAUUUAAAUGUCUUAAGUCAGUCUUUCAAGAAUCUUAAAAAUGCUAUGACACAGGAGGUAGGAUUUUAGGGU